AUGGUGGUCAUCGACUUUGACAUGGCUGCCACAGGAGGCAACUCCGGCGCCACCUUCUCCGACUCUCCCUUCUUCUACGAUCGAUCCGAGGCCAACGGUUCAGGCCAAGCCAUCUACAAAGAUGCAUCCCAUAUCCAGCCACACUCCAAAACUCGAGUCAGCUACUAUCAUCCUGCAGGUGUCGGUGACUUCCACUACGGCGAAAGACAUCCGAUGAAGCCAGCACGCCUCACUUUGACAAAUCGUCUCGUCCUCGCAUACGGUCUCCACAAGCAUAUGAGCGUCUUCACUCCCCGCGAGGCAACCAAGGAAGAGCUCGAAAUGUUUCACGACAGCGACUAUGUCGACUUCCUCGCCAACGUUACACCAUCCACACCGCCAUCAGCAGCAUUCACCAAGUUCAACUUUGCCGACGAUUGUCCUGUCUUUGACGGCAUGUACGACUUCUGCAAAGCUUACUCUGGUGCUUCUCUUGCUGGUGCUCGUCGUCUAGCAGCUGGCGAGACUGACAUUGCAAUCAACUGGUCAGGAGGUCUUCAUCACGCAAAGAAGUUCGAAGCUUCAGGAUUCUGCUACGUCAACGACAUUGUGCUGGGCAUCAUGGAGCUACUAAGAUAUCAUCCGCGUGUGCUCUACAUCGACAUCGACAUCCACCAUGGCGAUGGUGUUCAGGAGGCAUUCUAUAACUCGAAUCGUGUUAUGACCGUCUCGUUCCACAAGUACGGCAACGACUUCUUCCCAUGCACCGGCAACAUUGACGAGAUCGGAACCGGACUGGGAAAGCACUUCUGUCUCAACGUUCCGUUGCAGGAUGGAGUCGACGACUCCGGCUACGUCGCUCUCUUCAAAAGCGUCAUGGAGCCAAUUAUCACGACUUUCCGACCUUCCUCCGUUGUUCUUCAAUGCGGUGCUGACUCGCUUGGACUCGACCGUCUCGGAUGUUUCAACCUCAGCAUCGCCGCUCACGGAGAGUGUGUUCAGUUCAUCAAGUCCUUCGGACUUCCACUGCUCGUGCUUGGAGGAGGCGGGUACACCAUCCGCAACGUCGCAAGGUGUUGGGCUUAUGAGACAUCCGUCUUGACUGGCUGCUCGAUUCCUGAUACACUACCAAGCACACCGUACAUGGAGUUCUUUGCCCCUACCUACCGACUGCAUGAGCCGACACAGGCAGGAAGGGUGGAGAACCAGAACUCAAAGGCAAGUCUGGAGAAGAUUCGAGUCCAGAUUCUUGAACAGCUGCGCUAUCUUCAUGGAGCACCAAGUGUGCAGAUGCACGAGCUUCCACCAGAUUUGGCUGGGGCUUGGGUCGAGGAGGAGAUCAAGACCUGA